CUGUGAUAUGCUGGAGCAACCCAUCGUAUGACGCUCAAUGGAAAAACAUUGCGGAGCGGGUACUUCCCAUCCCCGUACAAGCAUUUUGGCUGAUAAUAACUUGCAAAGGGUACUGAUUUACUACAGGGGACACAACACACAGCAUCCACCAAAAGGAGAUUUCUUAAGUUUGGCCAGGCUGCGGGUCUAUGACCCCCCAUAUUAAGCUGAGGGCCAAAGCGAGAGUUACAUAUGGUUAGAGUAAAGAACACUGGGGCUGUCUACAAGAAGGGUCAGAGCCGUCUCUAUUUCCUGAGGAGACUGAGGUCCUUUAACAUCUGCCGGACGAGGCUGAUGAUGUGGUGGCCAGUGCUAUCAUGUUUGCUGUUGUGUGCUGGGGCAGCAGGCUGAGGGUAGCAGACACCAACUGAAACAACAAACUCAUUCGUAAGGCCAGUGAUGUUGUGGAGGUGCAACUGGACUCUCUGACGGUGGUGUCUGAAAAGAGGAUGCUGUCCAGGUUGCAUGCCAUCUUGGACAAUGUCUCCCAUCCACUCCAUAAAGUACUGGUUAGGCAUAGGAGUACACUCAGCCAGAGACUCAUUCCACUGAGAUGUAAACCUGAGCGUCAUAGGAAGUCAUUCCUGCCUGUGGCCAUCAAACUUUACAACUCCUCCCUCAGAGUUUCAGACACCCUGAGCCAAUAGGCUGGUCCUGCGCUGGUUUCCACUUACCCCUAGACAUUGAUUGAGCUUGUUUCUUAUUAUUGAUUAUUAUUCCUACACUUCUAUGUUUAUUGUUGCUAACUUGUUUUAUAUGUGUAUUUGUAUUAUUGAUACUGUUUUGCUUAUUUUACUAAUAAACACCUUUAGCUAACGUGAUAGAUUUCCCUUAUCUGAUCUGGUUGUGUGAGAAACCAGAAAGACAGGCAGCAGAAAUGGAUGUUGACGAGUUUCUGUUAAGUCCAGACUUUGUGGCUUUAAAGAAGGCUAAAAAGUCUGAGUUUUGGGAAAUGGUGGAGUCCUUGGAAUUCAAGGAGGUUAAGAAAGGGACGACGAUGGCAGAGAUACAACGUAAGAUGGCUGAACAUUAUCUCAUGAUGCAGAUAUUCAAGGAAGAGUUGUUAGAACACUUUCCUGUAGGGAAAAAAGUGGCUGUGAUCCAGAAGUGGCCGAGAGAUAAGUGGGUGGUGUUGUUACAAAGUGUACUUAAAAGGAAGGCUCAACGUGCAUAUGCAGCAUUGUCGAUGGAGGUUGCAGAGGAUUAUGAGGAAGCAAAACUGGCUAUCCUUCGGGCCUAUGAGCUGGUACCUGAAGCCUAUAGACAAGAGUUCAGGGACUUAAGGAAGCAGUGGAAUCAGACGUUCACAGAGGUUACAUACGACAAGUGUGUGUACUUUGACCGCUGGUGCGCUGCAGAAGGGGUUGGGGAGGAUUUCUGCUGCCUACGAAAGAUGAUCCUGAUUGAAGAAUUAAAAGAUUGUGUUCCGGAUAAUGUCCGGAGAUACCCGAACGAGAAGAAAAAUAAGUCCAUAUCAGAAUCUGCCAAGCUAGCAGAUGAAUACGCCUUAACCCAUCAAAUGAAAUUUUCCCCAAAUAAGUGCUACUACGGAGCAGUAGGGGUGGUAGAGAAAGCCUACCGGCUAAGUCUGAGACUAAGCCGGGGUCUACCGGAAAAGACAAGGAGGAAAAGCCGUCUGGCAGGUCUCCUAGCGUUGUGUGUUAUAACAGUGGGAAAUCUGGCCACAUAGCAUCUAAGUUCUUUGCUCCAAAGGAGGAGACGGGGAAAGGAAAGGCGACCGUGCCGACGGGCUGUGUUAAGCCGGUUGAAAUGCCGUUAAAAGAGGAGCUAAACCGAGUUCAGGAGGGAUGUGAGAAAUCCCUUUCAACCGGGUUGGUAUCUGUGAGUGAGGGGUGACCCCCAGUGCCAGUAAGAAUCUGGAGAGACACUGGGGCUUUUUAGUCCUUAAUCCUAAGCAGAGCAUUGGAAUUCAAUAGUGAGACAGAUACUGGUGACGUGAACGUGAUAGAAGGGGUUGGAAAAGGAACUGAGGCCGUACCGUUACAUAAAGUAUUUUUGAAGAGUGAUCUGCUAUCUGGACCAGUCACGAUCGGGAUACAGUCUGCACUCCCGAUACCCCAUGUAGAUGUCUUACUCAGGAAUGACCUGAGCGGGGGUUGGGGG